CGCGUUCGGCGUAAAUACUGACGUAACUUUCGCGUGUUUAGCGAAAGAGCGUGCCUUUCUUGUCCGGCGCUAAAGCAUAACGUCGCGGGGCUCAGUAGUGAAAGGAAACGCCUCCUUCAUUCAUUUCUGGGUCUUCUGUGUUAACGGACGUUGGGCAGCAUAAUGUUGUUCCUAGGGUGGCUGGAAUGUCUGAUACUCGCAGUGACCGCCUGCGUCCUGUGGUACUUCUAUGCUUCUCGGAAUCGCAACUACUGGAAGAACCAGAACGUUCCAUCGGAGCCGUUUGCCCUCAUAUUCAACCCUACAUCGCAACUUCACAGAAAACCCAUCCACGCGAUUGAUGCCGAGCGGUAUGAUAAAUAUGGCAGAUUCUUCGGGGCCUUCGAGUCUAACAAGCUCAUUCUGUUCGUUGCCGAACCGGAAUUGGUAAAGCAGGUUCUAGUAAAGGAUUUCCCAUCCCUCCCAAAUAGAAGGUUGUUCGAGUUUGAUGACCCUUUGCUGGACAACAUGAUGAGCAUCACUCCAGUUGAACGGUGGAGGAAGAUUCGACCAGCCGCGAGUCCAGCAUUCUCCACUGGAAGGCUGCGAAAGAUGAAUAUGUUAAUCGAAGACUGUGCGGUAUCGACUGCGGAACACUUAAAGAAAGCGGCGUCCAAAAAUGAGGACAUUGAUGUGAAACAGUUCUUCGGUCACUAUACUUUGGACGUCAUUGCGAGGUGCGCCUUCGCGACAAGGCUGGACUCACACUCUGACCAGACCAACGAAUUCGUCACCAAAUCAAGGCAGGCCUUCUCUGGACGUAUCACACCGCGCCUCGUCUUUUUCUUCUUUUUCCCGGCCCUCGCAAAAAUGCUCGGACUUCGACCCUUCAACUCGGACAUCUUUCUGUAUUUCAAGCAGAUAUGCCAGAGCAUCAUCAAGGGCCGACAGGACAAACAAUCCCGUCACGAAGACUUCCUGCAGUUAAUGAUGGACGCUCAAGAAGGAAAACUCGCGUCUACUUCGGAAAAUGCUUCUGAACGCGACAACCAGCUCUUCAACCUUGGCUCGGAUGCGAAGCUGGACACUGCGUUUUCUUCUAACAAGACACUGACCGAGGAUGAAUCGAUGGCGCAGUGCGUGCUGUUCUUCAUCGCCGGCCAGGACACAACCUCAACGGUGAUUUCGUUCACGCUCUACCUGCUCGCAAUUCACCCCGAAGUGCAGGAGAAGCUGAGAGAAGAAGUGGACGAGUGCUUCAGGGUUCACGGAGAACACCCCAGCCUGGAUGUUGUCACGAAGCUUAAGUACCUGCACUGCGUUGUGUCCGAGUCUCUUCGAAUGUAUCCUCCAGCGACGCGGAUUGAACGAUCACCUUGCGAAGACUACGUUCUUGGUGAUACCGGAGUGAAGAUUAAGAAAGAAGAGUUGAUUGCUAUUCCCGUCUACUCUAUGCACUACGACUCGCAGUUCUUCCCUGACCCUCUGAAGUUCGAUCCAGAAAGGUUCAGCGACGAGAACCUAGAGUCCAUACAACCGUACACGUACCUGCCAUUCGGGGCUGGGCCUCGCAACUGCAUUGGCAUGCGGUUCGCUCUACAAGCAGUGAAGCUGUCCAUCUUGCACACAGUCCGCAAUGUGCAGGUGGUUAGGACAGAAAAGACAAAAGUGCCCAUAGAAUUUGAGAGCGGAUUCAGCGUCCUGACGGCCAAGGACCUGACAUUAGGAAUCCGGAAACGGGUGACAGUCUGUGUCCUUUGCUACCUCUACGCGUCUCGACAUCGCAACUAUUGGAAAAACCAGGACGUUGUAUCGGAGCCAUAUGCACUCAUAUUCGGCCCUCCUUUGAAGCUCUUCUACAAACCAAUUCAUGAAAUUGAUGCUGAACGGUACGACAAAUAUGGCAGGUUCUUCGGUGCCUUCGAGUCCAACAAGCUCCUUUUGUUUGUGGCUGAACCCGAACUGGUGAAGCAGGUUCUUAUCAAGGAUUUUCCGUACCUCCCGAAUAGAAGGGCGUUCACGUUUCACGACCCCUUGCUCGACAACAUGAUUAGCUUCGCUUCUGAUGAACAGUGGAGAAAAAUCCGACGUACAACCAGUCCGGCAUUCUCCACUGGAAAGCUGCGAAAGAUGAAUUCGUUAAUAGAGGACUGCGCAUUGGUAACUACGGAACACCUAAAGAAUGCUGCCUCCAAAGAAGAAGACAUUGAUGUCAAACAGUUCUUUGGUCAUUACACCUUGGACGUCAUUGCGAGGUGCGCUUUUGCAACAAGGCUGGACUCUCACUCUGACCAGACGAACGAAUUUGUCAAAAAAUCAACGCAUGCAUUCUCCGGACGCCUCACGCUACGCCUUUUCGUGUUCUUCGCCUUCCCGGCGCUCUCAAAGCUGCUAAGGAUUCGACCCUUCGACUCUAAAAUCUUUCUGUACUUCAAGCAGCUAUGUAAAAACGCCAUUAAGAGCCGACGGGACAAGGAAUUCCGCCACGAAGAUUUUCUGCAGUUAAUGAUGGACGCUCAAGAGGGAGCACUUGCGUAUACUGCGGAAGAUGGCGCUGAACGCGACAAUCAGCAGUUCAACCUUGUCUCAGACCUAAGGCCAGAUGCUUCGUUUUCGUCGAACAGGACGCUGACAGAAGAUGAAUCGCUGGCACAAUGCGUGCUAUUCUUUAUUGCCGGCCAGAACACAACCGCCGCUGUGAUUUCGCACACUCUAUACUUGCUCGCAAUUCACCCACACGUGCAGAAGCGGCUGAGAGACGAAGUGGACGAGUGUUUCAAGAUGCACGGAGACCAUCCAAGUCUGGACGUCAUCACAAACCUUAAGUACAUGCGCUGUGUUGUCUCCGAGUCGCUUCGAGUGUAUCCUGCAGUGAUGCGAAUUGAGCGAUCACCAUAUCGAGAUUACGUACUCGGUGGUACGGGGGUCAAAGUGAAAAAGGGCGACUUAAUAGCGAUUCCCAUCUACUCUAUGCACCACGACCCGGAGUACUUUCCUGAUCCUUCAAAGUUUGAUCCAGAAAGGUUCAGUGACGAAAAUGUAGAGAACAUACGGCCGUUCACGUACCUGCCAUUUGGAGACGGGCCUCGCAACUGCAUUGGAAUGCGGUUCGCUCUACAAGCAGUGAAGCUGUCCAUCUUGCACACCAUCCGCAACGUGGAGUUGGUUAAGACUGAAAAGACAAAAGUGCCUCUGGAGUUCGAAAACGGAUUCAACGUUGUGCUGACAGCCAAAGACAUCACAUUAGGAAUACGCAAACGAAGCUAGAUUUGCUGUUUUUUCUUCUGAAUGGAUUCACAUUUCAAAGGUGGUCAGUAGCUUACAGUGUGAACGACUUCAAGCACUUGUAUAUAUAGUAAAAUAUUUUUUUUGUGU